AUGGCUACCGGUCCCAACUACCAGCAGGUCCUGCCGCCCGGGCUGCGCUGGGCGGGCGUCGAGGAGGAGCUCGUCGUGCGCGACCCGAGGGGCGAGGGGGCAGUCCACGGCGUCUACCACCAGCCGCAGCCAAUUCAGCAGUACGGUUCGAGCCUUCAACACCCGUCUGUCCCGCCUACGCGCCGCUCUUCCACAGGCAUGGUCUCGCUCAGUCCGAACUUCACGUCUCCCAACGCGACGAGUGUGUCGUUCAACGGUACCGCCAGCUUCGCACCACUGCCUUUCCCACCGAGCGAGCACCCGCUUCCUCCUCCUCCCGAAGACAACCCUGUCUGUCCCGUCUCGACUGCCGCCGACACCGCCUCGUCGCACGACAAAACCGGCCCUCCUCCUCCGUACAGCGAGCAGCCAAACCUGACCGAGCAUCAGGCAGCGAUCCCCGGCGUCGUCCUCUUCCAGCAGCCCAUCGUACCGGCGCUUCCGCCUCCCUUGCCUGCCCCUUCGUUCCGCCUGGCUCGCCCGCCCUCGCAUCCUCAACCGGUCUACGCACCGAUCCUUACGCCUUGGCCACCCGUCCCGCUGCGCCAUAUCGAUGCUUACCUCGCCGGCGCGCACCCUUACCCCCAGGUGUACCCCUCCGUCCCGGGCUACCCCCUCCUCGUGCCGGCCUCCAUGCCUUCCCCUCCCGCUCCUCUCAUGUACCCGAUUGGGAGCGAGAACGUCGCGCAUAUCGAGCCCCGCGUCGAGCCGUCCCCUCCUCAAGCCCAAGUCGCACCCAUGCCUGUCGCACCCAUCCCUAUCCCUGCACCUGCUCCUCUCCCGCUUGCGCCGCUCAGCGACAUCACGACUGCAGUCGCGACGUACGGAAGCCCAACCGAGCCGACGCUCAGCGCCUGCAUGCACCGAGGCUGCUACGCUCCCGUCUUCUGCGAGCUCUCGCCUUGCGGCUGCCGCCUCUGCCGCGACCACCUCGGCUGGGUGAUCCGCAACGUUCGCACGCUCGACGUCGAGGCGAACAGGUUCCUCGCGCCGAACGAGGCCAAGGAGACCAAGGCCAAGACGAAGAAGGUCUUCCGCUGCGUCUCGUGCGGCGCCGAGUCCAGCAAGGCCGACCCGCCGAGUCGUCGCACGCCGUCAUUGUCGACUCAGCACCCCGCUGGACCUUCGGGCGGAGUCGCGCAGGAAGACUUUCGCUCCUUCUCGAUCAAAUACUUCUCGAGCGGACCGACUCCGUACGCUCCUGCUGCCGAAGAGCCGGCCGAGCAGUCCGCUGCUACCAACGACGCCUAUGCUGCGGAGGCCGGCGUGACGGGCGACUCGAACCCUGUUCAUCAGUCUCCUGCGACGAUCGUCAGCCCGUUCAGCUCGAUGUCGUCGAUGUUCGUCCCGUCGUCCCACGAGCUUGGCGUCGUGCAGCACACGCAGGCUUCGAGCAUGAUGCCGCCGACUACUGCGCCGUCUGUCGCGCCACCCACGGCCGCGUAUUCCGGCCUUCCUGCGAAACCGCUCGUUGCCCGCCCGCCUUUGCCGCCCUUGCCGCAUGACUUCCGCUUCCCUGCGACGGCUCCUCCUCUUCAUCAGGAGCAGCAGCGCGCGCAGCUGGCGACGACCGCCCCGCAGCAACAGCAAGUUCCGCCUGCAUCGACCUCGAGCAUCGGGCUUCCCAGCGCGCUAUCUGCCACCGAGCGUCCAAGCAGCGCGCUGCCGGCCCCUCAGCCGCGCACGCUCGAGCAGGCGAAGGUCGAGGAGACGCAGCAUGGCGGUCGCAGGUCCGCAACCUCGCCGCCCGACCUCAUCAUCCCGAACCCGCUCGAGACGAAGAUCACGGAGACGAAGCAGGUCGACACGCCUUCGUCGCUCAGCAGCGAGUUGACGCUCUCGUCGACGUCGCCGUCGCUUCCGACGAAGCAGCAAGCCGAUCCGCCCGCCGCACCAGUCGGGCCGCCUGCCACGCCGCCGACGCAGCCGCUCUUCCGACACGAGCAGCUCCCGACACAAGGUCAAGCGUACGCGACAGGCCUUCCCGUCUUGACUCGCCCGUCGUUCCCGCCGGGCAGCAUCUGCGUCGUGCCGCGCUCAACCUCCGGUCCCUUCCCGGCAACUCACCACGCUGCAACCGUCCCGAACGUGCCGGUGAUCACCUGGACCGGCGGUCGUCAGAAGAGCCACAGCUUCCACGCCUCGAAUGGCGUCUUGCGCCCGGCUGCCAAGUUCGACGGUCCCGUCGCUGCGCGCAACAUUCCGCCACGCCAGCCGCCUGACACCUACCCGGAGGCCGACAGCGUCCAGCUCGAAAAGACUCGUUGGCCGCUGGUCAAGGCUGAGAACAUCCCAUUCCACACCAAGAAGAGCGAGAUUGAGGCUUGGCUGCCAAAGGAUGCUCUGCCGCCGAAGGACGAGGUCGAGAUGCCCAUCCAUCUCAUCCUGCACCGCGCAACCGGCCGCACGCUCCCGCACUGCUACAUUGAGACUGCCUCGAUCGACACGGCUCGCAGGUUCAUCGAGUUGAAGGACAAGAGCAUUCUUGGCGACCGCACCGUUCGCGUCAAGUGGGAGCGGCCGGGCGAGCUCCUUCGCGACCUCUUCGGCCAAGACGCCUACUUCAGGCAGCCGAGCGUCACGCCCGCCGCCGCGCCCCUCCCGCUCCUUCCGCCGCAAGGCUUCAACCUGCCGGCGCAGCUCAUCUCGCACAACGACUUGUGGUACUUGGUGUCGUACUGCGAGAAGCCGAUCGACUGGCGCGAGCGACCGGUUGAGCGUCCGUUCUACGCCAUCGUCUCUGUCAUCGCCAAGUUCCCCUGGUCUCGCGAGGACGUCUGGAACGCAGAGCUUCGCGACAAGGUCUUCCACGCGACGCUGGCCAUCUUCAACAAGGCUCAGGAAUGCUCGACCUGCGACGAAGGCAUCGGUUUCAAAGCGAUCUGCAAGUCCAUCCUCCACGCAGCGGAGCACUGUCCCGCCUUCACGGCAGAGCAGAAGGAGAUGAUCCGCAAGACGAACCGCACCUCGUUCGACCCGUCGCCAGCGAACUUCCCGACGCUCCCCUCGAGGCUGCCUCCUCCACGUCCGAUGCCUCUGCCGCGAGCCGGGCUGACCACACCGCCUCAAGUCGCGCGAUCGCUCCCAUUCACGCCCGAGUCGCAGUCCGACUCGCCCACUCGUCCUGGCAACUCGCACGUCGUCCCCUCGCUCGACUGCGACGCCUACCCGCCCUCGCCGCCUGAGCAACGCUCGCCGGUUCAGCCUCGCAAGAGGCGCACGAGCUCGUCGGCCGGAGGAGAAUCGCCCACCGAGGAGACGUCUGCUCUCGCUCGUCACUGGCGCGGCGGAAUCGGCAGGGGUUCAGGAGCGUGGACGAGCUACACGUACAAGGCGCCUCUCAAUGUGGCGAACGGCGCGAAGAUGGUCGAGGCGCUUCACCAAGGCGGACAGCCUCGCUUCCCCCCGCCCUCCUCGCCGACUCAGCCUCGCGGCCCGCCUCAGCUUCCCGACACGCCGCCCGCCUCGCCGCAGACCGAACGUCGCAAGGUUAGCAGCACGGCGCAGCAGCAGGACGCGGUCCACUCGUCGUACGGCGGCGAGAACGUCGUCGGUUGGGCAAGCGGAUGA